CCACAUGAAGUACAAGGAGACGAAUUUCACAUGUGUGUUUCAUUUCUACUUACAUUAAAACACUGACUGGAAUGUAUUAAAUAUGUUCUUCAUGUGUUCAAUGUUGAACACCAGUAAAAUAUUCAGUCUAUUUGGACAAUGCACUAAAAAACCUGUAUAUAUUAUGGUAAUGACUUAUUUAAAUUUUCUUUUUAGCAUUACUAAUCUUGAUACGGGCUGCUUCCGUUUUAUUUAUUUAUUUAUUUGCAAUAAAAAUGUCCUCACGACGGCCUCACAAUGACUCCCCCAAAAUGGCGACGCCGUAGACGUAUUUUCAAGCAGGAGUCCACGUAGACGUCAAGGGGUUUUAGUGGGAAAGAACAAGUUUACAGGAGCCACAUCCACUCUAACUUUGACGACGUCAGGUUCAGGACAUGCCAAACCUAAACAACAGCUACCCUAAACCCGACAUUAUCGUUACACACGUAUACGUUGACCAACGCUUACGUGAUAUAAUGUCCUGACUCACACAUUGUUGCUUUUAUUUUCGUACUGGCCUUUGUCCUACCGAGACCACCUGCCUUGUCCUCAUUCAAGAUGUGGCCCAGAGGAAACUAUGACGAUGGACAUGAUUCCGACCAUAAAACAAGCUCUGGAAGCUCUGGCUCUGCAGAAUGGCUCCCUGGCCAAGACUUAUUGUGGUCCACCAACCCUCUAAGUUCUGGAAGCAGUCUCUAUAUGGGACUCAGACACCGCACAGUGUCCGGCAGUGGUGACAGCGGCAUCGGCACCUACUAUUCGGACAGUUUGGAAGAUUCAACUCAAAAGAAUCCACCGAGUCCUUUGAAUAUGAAGAAAUAUCCUCCCAUGCGGCGGUGUUCCUCUCUGACCAAGUUGUCCUCUGUAGCUGAUAAAAGCACAGCUAAGACGCUCGGCCAUCUGUACAACCCAGGUUUCCAAGGCUCGUUGGACCGAGGUCUGUUUAAUCAUCACAAAAAGGUUUGUGGUUCAAAAGUGGACCUUCAUCUACCUCUGACCUCCUCAUCCAGCUCCCACAACUUGCUGCAGUAUUCAGUCGGCUCUUUGCCCUGCAACCACUACACACGCAGCCCCGGAUCCAGAGCUCUGUCCCUGUCUCCGUCAUCUCUGACUUCACCAGUUAAACACCCCAGUCUGGACAAUAGCUUGAGUGCUUUAACAGCAGCUGAAGUGGGUUACAGUGGGCGACAGCUGUAUGGCCUCAGCUCAUGUGUUGGUCCUUACGUUGGGGAAAGCUCCCUCACCUCACCCUCCCUCAGCAAAACAAUGUUCCUCACUGACCAGUAUAAGCCUACGGCAGAGUGUCAGAAGAGUGCAGGUGCCCGAAAGACCUCGCCUGGAAAACAAAGGCACCAGCAGGAACCAGGACUUCACCAGUUAUUUAAAGUAAGCGGCCACGUGGAAAACCCUUUGAAGGUUAAGGAGGGGCUCCUGAGAGACCGAGAACUGGAGAUAAAUUGGCAGAGGCAGGAGAUAUUACUGCUCCAGGCUCAGAUCUCUGAGAACGUGCACAGAGCACAGCAGCUCCUGCAGAGCCAGAGAGGCUGGUUACACGAUGCCAACGACCGAAACAAAGAGGAAUCAGACGUGAGAAUAGCCCCUGAGAUGCCGUGUGGUGAUGAAGACCUCAAUCAGAAGCUCGCGGUUGCUGAAAUAAAGGUGCUCCAUUUGAAGAAUGUCUAUCAGCAAGUGAUUGAAAAGUACGCAGAAGACAUGAGAAAGCUGCAGAAAAAGAUCAAAACAAGGGAUCGAUACAUAAGCUGUCUGAAUAAGAAGUUUCAGAGGGAGUGUGAUCAGAGUCGUGAGAAGCAGCAACAGAUAGAGACACUGGAGAAAUAUCUGUGUGACCUGCCUUCACCUGAGGUGGUUCAUGUCCAGGCCCAGCAGCAGGAGCAGGUACAGCAAAAGACCAAAGAGCUCGGCCAAAAAGUGUCUGAUAUCCAGAAGAGUUUGGAGGAAGAAUGUGCUCUGAUUAAAGACAAGAUGCUAAGGAUCGAACUACAGGCGAAGCGAGAGAAGGAGUUGAUCUCGUCUGUUCACAGCCUGCAGCAGAAGGUGCAGGAAUGUUUGGACGACGGCGUGAGGUUAUCCAUGCAAGACCUGAAGCAACUUGAGGUUGAAAAUAUACAACUAGUGGAACAGGACGUACGCAGCAGCCAGCUGGUCCAGCGUCAAAAAGAACAAAUCGAAAGACUUACCUGGCAGCUAAUGGCCGUCAGCGUAAGACUGCAGAAAAAACGAGGCCUCUGUCAUAACCAGAAUGAGACUCUACUCAACACGUUCAGAGCCGUCACGCAGGUAUGUGUUCUGUCCUGCUGUUAGGUACGUGUUCCGUCCUGCUGUUACGUACGUGUUCCGUCCUCCAUUACGAUCAAAACUGUUGGUUGUGAUAAAGUAGGAUCAGACAUCAAGUUCUCUGGUGCUCCGUUAAAAUACAGUUAAUGUCUGCAGAAAGCCCUUAGUACUUUUUCAAUAUGUACAUUACAUAAUAAAAAAAAAAAGUUUUUUUUUUGUGAGGAAUAAAAAUACAUCGUGUUCAUGUAAAAGCACUAGUAAGUAUCAUCGUUUUGUACCGAGGGACGCAACAAUAUUUGUGACUGAUUAGCGGCUAAUACGUUUAUAUAUCACCAUCAGUGAAUUAUCGGGUGUUAAAUUCCCGAUGGCAGUUACUGAUACCAAG